CGGGUUUUGAAGGUUCAGGGUUACGAACAAUGUGCCAUGAGGAGGACAAGAGAUGGUUGGGGUAUCGUUUUUUGAAACUGUUGCCUUGCCAUGGAACGUGAGCCGAAAGCGACGGUUCCGGAGCAAGGUAAUAAUUCUUGUCUCCAUCAUGACCCAGAGCAUCUGCUGACACUGUGUUCCGGAUAGAUGCCAGGACACUCCUUGGGGAGGCAACAGCAUCUCUCAAGACAUGCUCUGGCGGGUAGUAUACUCUUUUGGGAGGACGGAGAUUCUGAGAUGGGGACUUGACUCGGAGGGCUACCGUUCUAGAAGAGCAUGUCGUUUCGGUAAGGCAUCUUUAUGAACACCAUAUGCCACACGAGACGCUGCAAGACUACGAAGCGGCAUUGGGUCCUGAGGAGGUUGACAGCUACCUUCCGGCGAAGUAUGCAAUGAGGAAUCUUGCCAGCCACUGCACAAAGCAGGGGAGGCUGCCAGAGGCCAGGCGGUUGCUGGCGUGCUGCCAGGCUGGCCUAGAAAUCGUGUCUGGCGCUCAUCAUGAGAUGUAAACGAGUGUAGCCCGGGACUUGCAGGUGCUGGGAUAGCAAUCACGAUUGUUCUUGA